AUGGACGAGGAACAGUUCUUCACGCGCCCAACGCGCGAGCUUACUGGCCUUUUCACCCAGACCAUUCUUCCCAGUCCGGUUGUCCAGUGGAUCAUCCCUGCUCGUCUUCGGAGCAACCAUCACAAUGAUGUCGUCUUUGUCGGCCAACGCCGGGUGCAGAUCAAAGAGGCUUCCGCCGGCGGCUUCUUAGAAGAUGUGACUGAGAAGAACGACUUUGACCACGCUAUCAUCGGAGCCAAGGUCAUCAAUGUGAACACCCAACUUCCGUGGGAGGCACAACUACGGACGGCCGGUGCUGAUGAUCAAAUGCGAGAUGACACAGACCUUUUGGAUAGCCUUCCUUCUCAGCUUCUUGUGCUUUCACUUGAGAUGAGAGAGCUUCAAUUCCUGUAUUGUUCAAGCUCCGGUGAUGACAAGUUUGUUACAUUUCGCCGGCCCUUGCCGGUUGAUGUCGACCUUGCAGAGAGAUUCGGAAAGCAUAUCGCGGUGGAUCCAAGAUCACGAGCAGUCGCAGUUAGUGCAUCGAGUCAGUAUUUUGGACUGCUUCUACUCAAGUCCCCGAAAGAAAUUCAGCAGCAGAUGGCUGAAGGAGAACUCGAUCCUAUUAAAAGUGAACAUUUCUACAGCUGCGAUGGAAUUAUCCAGUUCAUGGAGUUUCUCUACCCCAAAGCCGCUGAUGACAAGAGAAUCAUUCUUCUUAUUGUCUCAUCCCGCGCCGGAGGCUCAUUUGCCAGAAUCUUCCAAUGGGAUGAUCGGGAUGCUCAGAUGCACCGUCCGGAAAUUGUUGAGUUCAAACUUCGCAGGGAAGACAGGCUGCCCACAAUGAUCGUUCCCUUGACCAAGGAAGCUUCGUUCUUGGUCGUGACGAGCAUCUCCAUGGCAGUUUACCCCUCCGACUCUUCACAUCCUCGACCCAUCAGAUACCCACUCAUAGCACCCGAUGCCACUUUCAAGGAAACCUCGUUGUGGACCCAAUGGGCACGACCUUCCCGUAAUUGGCUUUACAGUCAAAAAUUCGAUGGAAUCUACCUCUGUCGGGAGGAUGGCUGGAUUUAUUAUCUCGAGUUUGGUAACGAAGGUGGGCUAGAAUCUCAGACUAGCUUGGGCCAGCUUCACUGUGAUGUCGAUUCUGCAUUUGAUGUCCUGGAUAUGGGUCACGAGGGAGGUGAUUUCAUUCUGGCUGCCGGAAGUAUGGGCGAUGGUGGCCUGUUCAUUCAAGAGGCGCGAGACAAACCUCAAUGUGUCCAAAGGUUCCUCAAUUGGGCUCCAGUCACAGACGCUGUUAUGGUGCCAUCGAAGACUCAUGAGAAUGUGCAAUGUGACGUGUCGCGAGAUCGUCUAUUUGUCUGUUCUGCAUCAUCCGCCUCGGGGGGUAGUGCACUGCAUGAGCUUCGGCAUGGAUUUGAGGCCCAAGUUGGUUUCUCAGUCCCUCUUGAUGAUAUCUCCGGGAUACGAGACAUGUGGGCCUUCAGUGACGAUGCGAAUCAAGGCGUAUACGUUAUUCUUUCAGACCCCAUGUCCACCCUGCUUCUUUACAUGAACCCGAGUCUUGAAGAUGGCAUCAGUGCGCUGGAUGAAGCCGAAACAGGCUUUGACAAUGCACAGACGUUGGCAGCUGGCUGCACUCCUACGGGAGUCCUCGUGCAAGUCACACAAAAGGCCACACAUCUUUUCGUUCACGAUAAUAUUUCCUCCAAUACUUCUAUCCCACAUCAGCCCAAUUCUACCAUCAUCGCAGUCAUCGUUGAUAGCUCAAGCUCGGCUGUGGUUACCGCUGUACGACAAAACAACGAACUUAAACUUACGCUCGCUCGAAUCGUGGUCAAUGAUGACACUGUUGGCCUGGACGUCAUCCAGACGGUCAAAAUCGACAAGGAGCCUGUAUGCCUGUCCCUUCAGACAUUAGGAGACACAUCGUUCAUCUUUAUGGGCACCAACGAUGGUACGAUCAUGGUCUUCCACAUUGAAAAUGAGAUCAUCAACUUUCUUUUGGAUGUCAGUGUCUCCAUUGACCGGACGGACGACAUCUCUCGAGCAAUCGACAGUCUAGCAAUGAUUCGACAAACUGACCACGGUGUUCUGCGCGCUCACCUGCUCUGUGGCCUCCGAAGUGGUGUGCUGGUACCAUUCCAGGUCGACUUCAACGCCCCCACUCUUAUCGGUUUGAAUCAAGUAUCACCGAAGCAUAUCGGAAUGACAUCGCUUCGGCUCCAAAGUCACGGUGCAUUCGCCAUGCUUAUCUGCGAUAACGAGCUGUGGCGUGUAUCAACCAGUGCCGAUGGUGUCCCGAAUGACUGCUUCCUUUCGCGGAUUUGGAUCACCGAGCAGAGCAAUCCUGCGUAUUUCCCUACAGCGAUCCAUGGAUUUGGACUGAUCAGCCAAACGAGUCUAGAAGCCAGUCUCUCGAUAGGACCGCUGUUCUGCUUUGCAGACCGACAGCUUCUAAUAUGUUCACUGGACCGCGAACGCAAGAUUGUACCUCGACGAAUUGGUGUACCUGGCACCGCUAGGAACCUCGUUUAUUCACCGCGCCUCCAUAGACUCAUACUAGCUUACGAUAAGGCCGAAGUCGAAGAACCUAGCAGACCGGGUGAUAUUACGACGCGAUCGUACCUGGCCUUCGUUCUCCCGGACGCACAGGAGCCUGUCAAUCCACUAGAUCAGCCGUCCAUACCCCGCGCCUCACCGGGAGAGAGAAUCACCUGCAUGAUGGACUGGAUGUUCCAACGAGAUGCCCACAUGUAUCAUCUCAUUGUGAUUGGAACAGGGCUCCCGGCCACCAUCGAUUUCGGACCGCGAGGCCGACUCAUUCUUAUGUCCGCGCCACGAGAUCCACAAGAUCCCUCUAAAGUGCGAUUUGUGACUAAACAUGUCCAGGAAUGCCUUGACGGCCCGGUGCGAUCAAUCGCGGCCUAUGGCAACACCCUUCUCAUCUGCACAGGACGAAUCAUUCGCCCCGUGGCGCCCAGUGGUGCGUCCAUCAAAUGGGCCUCCAAUAGCUGGCAGGAACUUCCCUCCCCAGCGGUGGCUAUCACUGUCUCAAAGCCAUUUGUCUACGUUACUACGGCCCGGCAUGGAUUUGUGGUCUUGGAAGUUCUUGAGGACGGAGACGGACACCAUCUCUUGAGGUUACGUGCUCAUGAUUCGAAGCCCCUUGACGGACUGACUCACUAUGUGACCUCUGGUGAACCUUCUCUUGCCUUCUUAAGCACCCGCGGUGGCAACGUCCGUGUCGGGAAACUUUCGAGCAGCGUUGAACUCCGCACCACCCAAGUAUUUGCGUCCCCUGCACCAGAGGAGGCCUCGGUAUGGGAUUCCAUAUUACAGUUUGUACCUAGCUCCAAGGGUGACAUAUUCCCCAAAUCGUCCGUGGAGAGAGGCGGUUCAAUCUACGGGAUCGCUCUCAAUGGAUCAGUCUGCCGGUUCUCGAUCCUACGAGAGGAUGAGACGCGCCUUCUCCUCGCCCUGCAAGACCUGUGCCGAAAAGACGAAGCCCUGUAUGCGUCCCUAGCUGUGCGGGGAAAACGCAAGAAGCCAACAUGGGCCGAUCCCAAGAAGGACAAUUCCCAGGUAAAUGGGGAUAUUCUGAUACGCCUGGCUCGGCAUAGGGCGGACUACCUGGAGGAUCGAAUUCAUGCACUUGAUCAACAGCGAGGCUCUCCAAUAUAUGAGCCUUUCAUGCGAAAUGCGGCACUCAAGGCCUUGGGGCCUUCAGACAACUAUCCUCAGCAGGUUGUGGGAUGGCUUCGACAGCUGCUUCAUGUCGACACCUGA